AUGGGUCUGUGCUACAGCCUGCGGCCGCUGCUCUUCGGCGGCCCCGAGGACGCCCCCUGCGAGGCUUCGGAGCCGCCCGGGGAGGAUGCGCGGCCGACGCCCGCCCCGGCUCCGGCCCCGCUCCCCGGCCGAGCGCCCGCGCGGGCGGCGGGGGGCGACGCGGCCCGGACCCUGCUCUCUCGGGCAGGCGGUGGGAGCCCGGCGUGCGCGCGGCCCACGGCGGCCCCGCAGAAGGAGAAGAGGCGGCGCGGGGAGCCGCCGAGCGCCGAGGAGCGCGAGGCUGCGCGGGAGGCCAAGAGAGUGAGCCGGGGCAUCGACCGCAUGCUGCGCGAGCAGAAGCGCGACCUGCAGCAGACGCACCGGCUGCUGCUGCUGGGGGCUGGUGAGUCCGGGAAAAGCACUAUCGUCAAACAGAUGAGGAUCCUGCACGUCAAUGGAUUCAAUCCCGAGGAAAAGAAACAGAAAAUCCUGGACAUCCGGAAAAAUGUUAAAGACGCUAUUGUGACAAUAGUUUCGGCGAUGAGUACCAUUAUACCCCCGGUUCCACUGGCCAACCCGGAGAACCAGUUUCGAUCAGAUUACAUCAAGAGCAUCGCGCCGAUCACGGAUUUUGAGUAUUCGCAGGAAUUCUUUGAUCAUGUGAAGAAGCUCUGGGAUGAUGAGGGAGUGAAGGCAUGCUUUGAGAGGUCCAACGAGUACCAGCUGAUCGACUGCGCGCAAUACUUCCUGGAACGGAUCGACAGCGUCAGCCUGGUUGACUACACGCCCACGGACCAGGACCUCCUCAGAUGCAGGGUUCUGACCUCAGGGAUUUUCGAGACACGAUUCCAGGUGGACAAAGUGAACUUCCAUAUGUUCGAUGUUGGUGGCCAGCGGGAUGAGAGAAGAAAAUGGAUCCAGUGCUUCAAUGACGUCACUGCCAUCAUCUACGUGGCCGCCUGCAGCAGCUACAACAUGGUGAUCCGUGAAGACAACAACACCAACAGGCUGAGGGAGUCCCUGGACCUCUUCGAAAGCAUCUGGAACAACAGAUGGUUACGGACCAUUUCUAUCAUCUUGUUCUUGAACAAACAAGAUAUGCUGGCAGAAAAAGUCUUGGCAGGGAAAUCAAAAAUUGAAGACUAUUUCCCAGAGUACGCAAACUACACUGUUCCUGAAGAUGCAACACCAGAUGCGGGAGAAGACCCCAAAGUGACACGAGCCAAGUUCUUCAUCCGGGAUCUCUUUUUGAGGAUCAGCACAGCCACAGGCGACGGCAAGCACUACUGCUACCCCCACUUCACCUGCGCCGUGGACACGGAGAACAUCCGCCGCGUAUUCAACGACUGCCGUGACAUCAUCCAGCGGAUGCACCUCAAGCAGUACGAACUCUUGUGAGGACCCGCCCCGCCCCGCCGAGCUGCCCCCUGCUCCCUUCUACCCCACGGUGGAGCGCCCCUGUGGACUGCGUGUCUGUUGCCCCAUACCACGGUAGGACGUAGUUUUUAGUGUCAUCUGGCCACCGUCUGUCCCAUCCUGGUACAUCCCAUGUGUGAUCGACCACCAAGCCUCCUCCGGCUACCUCUGUGCCCCCUGACGCCAGGUUUGGUUCUGUAGCUUUCUGUUCUCACUGAGCACAGCCUGCCACAGGUUCCCUGUGGCUCACCGGUUUAUGUCACACCCACUAUCACAGGAGUGACACUGCAGUGAAAUCUCCCUGGGCUGGAGCCCCUGGUACUUACUCCCUCAUCCACCGAUCAGCAAGGAGAGCUUGGCAGACAAGGAGAAAGCACUCUUCUUUUCAAGUUAUCACACACGAUGGCAAAGUAUAUGUAUAGUGCUAUGUACCACGACUGUCCCAUCAGCCUACACACACACACACACACACACACAAGGCUACAGGCUAACAGGUGGCCGGCCCUUCUGAUCCACACCACCCAGGACUUAGGGUAGACCCCAAGGGAUAGGGUGACAAGAAACCUUUUUCCAUCACACUGACAGUCGCUGCCAGCUUCAGGCAUUUGAAUUAGAGUUACCUGGCAGAAAACCUGAUAGAGUUAGCUGGCAGUUACCUGGUAGGCAGAAGAUCUACCACACUUCCUCCUGCAAAAAUGUGUUCCAUCUAAAAAUAUUUUUCUGUACUUCCACGAAAUUUGGGUGUAGUCUCCUUUCCUUUUUCUCUUUGUUGCUGGGUUCUUAUACUGUACAGACCACAAAAUGUAAUAUUCUUUUGUAUCACUACUAAAGAAAAAUCCUUGUAGAUUUCCGUGCCUUGAUUAUGGCUAUCCCUGUAAAAAGAAACGUGUUCUUAUUGUGCUCCACAGCUAGUGUCAAUGUUACCUUUAAAAGGCGAUGAAUGAUAGCUGUAGAAUUUAGAGUAUUUUUUAUCAGGUAGUACUUUAUAAAAUCCUCCUUCAUAAGAAAAUGAUAGAGAUGGCACGUCCUCCCGCCACACCCUACCAACAACGGUGCGACGUCGUCACAAGCUACAGCGGCCACCUGCUCGCGCUUCUCUGCGCUCAGCUGUACGCACCUGAGCUCGGCUCAAAGGCAAAACUGUCAUCUCGUCUUCUUUCAGAGAAUCAGGGGCCUUCACCCCUUGCAGACAAUGUGUUUCCUGAUUGCUUUACUGGUUCAAGACUUCUUCAGGCCUCCUAGAGGACACAGGGCAGCCAUUCCCUUAGUCAGAGCCCGGGGCACAAGCGCCAUCAGACAAACGUCAGAUAGACACGUGGGUGUCAAUGUGUGCACCUGACCCAGAGGAAGAAGGGCAGUGUCAAUGUACACCCAACAUACAUGGCUGUCCCGCACACUUGCAGGAUUUGCAAAUGCAACCUCAAAAGUUAGGGCACACAGUACAAAACUAGACGCUUCACAGCCUGUCUAUAGUCACAGCUUUGACAGUAGUUCCCUUAGGUCUAAAGCAAUCCGUAAAGAUGUCUGAAGUUAAAUUCUCAAUACAAAUCCAGAAAAUCACCCCAUUAAUUGCCUCUUAAACAGUUUAAUACUUUCAAGUGCACU